AUGAAAUGCCCCCGAGGUUUUAAAAAACGCACCAAAUACCCUCGCCUGUUUCGAUUCACAUAAUAUACCCCUAUUUAUCCGUACUGUUCAUGACAUGCACCUGUCAGCUAACGCCGUUAGUCUGCCGUUAGUGGUGUUUUACUUAUUUGCCCUUAAUUUUGGUUUAGCGCCAUUGACUUCCUUCACUUUCACAGAAAGACCAAAAAAAAAAAACCGUUCACAUUUUUCUCUUUCUCUCUCCUCUCCCCUGUUCUUCUUCAAGCUCUAAUCCUACUCAAACCCUAGAAAUUCUGGGUAGAUCUUCAAUAUUUUUGUGAAUUUUGCUGCGCACCUUAAAGGCGAGUUCGUGGGUUGUGAUUUUGCUUCAAUCGCGACAAAAAAGGGAGAAACUUGAGGCGAUUUCCAGUUGAGUUAGUGUUGAAGAGGAAACGGGAAUUUUAAAGUUGGUUAGUCUACUUCCAGGAUGAGUGCUAUUUGGUUGUUACUACGUUAUGGGUCACAUAGUUUUGAUAUUAGAGUGGGAGACAUGGAAAAAUAUCGUUUGUUGAAGUUGUUUCUUGAUAUCUUUGAGGAAUCAGUUAAGCAAGAUGUUUUUUUGCCUAGUACCUUUAGCUUGUAUGUUGAGGGUCCUUGUGGUAAGGUUGAAUUGAAUGAUGAUAAGACUUUAAGGCUUCUGUGGGGAUGGAAUUGGGGUAAAGACACUGCUGAAAUUUGGGUUGAGGGAACAGAUAAACCAGGAUUGGUGUUUAGGAAUGCUGUUGCAACAAUUGAGAAUCAUAGAAAGGAAAAAAAGAGACAACUUAAGGAGAGACAAGAGGAACUGUUGAGGGCUCAAAGAGAGGAGGAAGAGGCAAUGAGGAAACAACAGGAAAGGGAGGACAUUUUGAGGGAAAUACAGGAAUAA